AUGGCUGUCAGGCAAAAGACCGCGAAGACCACCUCCACCUCUAAAAGCAGUUCAACUUACAAUAAGAAGUCCUCAACGACCAAAUCCAAGAAGCCAUCUGUCCGUACACCCCUAAAGAAGCGUCAUUCCAAUGAGGCAGCAUCAGACGCUGAAGAAGAUUAUAUGUUCAGCGAGACAUCCAAUGUGGAUCCAAAAGAACUGUCUCCCUUUCCCGACAAUGUGUUGAAGAGGAUAUUUAGUUUUUGUCUAGAAGAGGGAAGAGAGGGGUGGUAUACCCCUCAGAAGACUUUGGCGAAUGCCCUGAGAGUGAACAGCGUCUUCUUCACCAUAGCUGGAUCAGUACUCUACCAUUCACCCACAGUCAUGGAUUUAGGGACCUUUAUCAGUGGUUCAGCACGACAAUUGCCCUUGUACAAGUUCAAUUUUGACUUUGAUCCUGAUUUGACCAAAUCUGACAACGCGGCAUUGGCGAGGAAAUCGGGUUGUACGAAAUUGGUUCUGAUGCAGUAUGUCAAAAAUCUUACGAUCUUACCUUGUACUGCUCCGAGGGCACCAACAGGUAAUGAACGUUCACAACUAAGGGUAGAGGAGGGAUAUCAAUUCACGAAAGAUACCUUGGAACGUCUAAGGAAAGAUGCAAGAUAUUUUAAAGGUCAGACAUACGAACGAGCAAAAACCAUCAUUCAUAAACAGUAUAGGCACAUCACGCCUAACUGUCGGAGGGUCACUAUAGGCAAUGAUAAGAAUAUCUAUAGCAGUCUGAAGGACGUACUUGAUAAUCUACAAAAUCAGGAAGAUGAGAAAGAACGGGUCAAGGAACUCAAGAGAGUGAAGAAUCUCGUUAACAAGUUACACGGUCAUUUUGAACAAGCUGUCGGAUCCCUUCGACUAAACUUGAUGUCCCGCUUCAAACCUGGAGAAUGGUACGAAUAUAUAAAUCCAACUUACAAGAUACCAUUCAAGCCUGAAAUGUCAAAUGCAGAAUAUAAAUACCAGUAUUUCCCAUCCAGGUGGAUAAUCAAUACGGACUUAUCGGAUCAAUUCCCUCUAUUGUGGGGAUCAGUCAAUCAAAUUAUCGUUCGACCAGGACAAGAUACCCCAACAAUUGAUGAUCUAAUUCCUCCUCCCAAAGCUAAAAAUAAAAAAAGGAAAAGAAGACAUCCAUGGUAUAGCGAUAAUGAUAGUGAAGAAGAUGAAUGGGGUAUGACUCCCCCUCCACCUGGUUUCAAUCAUGCGUACACUACCAAGCGUGAACAGGAAGAUUUGAUGAUGGCGGAUAUGAUGGGAUCCGACUACAGGAAUGUACAGACCAUUUUGAGAUCUAUAGUAGAUUCUCAUCCUAGGACAUUCAGUCGAUCAUUGCUACAUGCAGAUACAAAAAGGGAACUGGAAGAUAAGACGAGAUUUGAAAUAUACGGCAUGGAAAAAGUCUCAGAAGUGUGUAAUGAUGCCGAAGGAUCUGGAAGACCAAGAAGGAAGGAGAGGGAAAAAGAAGUUCAAUCGGAAUUCGAGUAUUACACGUUGGAAAUGUACGAAUCGCUUCAGAGACAAUUCAAGUUUAGAGACAGGUUUUGGCAGAAUAAGGGAGGUGAGAGUGGACCGAUAGUGAGAUUUGGGAUGAUGAGGGAAUUAAGAGAUGGAUGA